AUAAAACCACAGGUUGAACUAAUCAGUCUUUUUUCAAUUUUGCAUUUUCUCAACGUUUAAUAUGACUGAAACGUUAGAAGCACAGUUAGAAACGCUCACGAACGAGAAUGCAUUCUUACAGAAGUACUUUUCCUUGAGGAAGAAGUGUGAACAGCUUCAACAGGCUAAUGAGAAAAUAGUCAACAGAAUACAGCAUGUGAAGAAGCUCAUCAAGAGAUACAAGAGGGAGAGAAGGUUUCUAACCAGUCGCCUGGAUGAACAUGGGGACGACUACAAAGAUGCACAAAUUCCAGUGAUGUGGGAGGAGGAUCAAAUACACAACCCUCUUCGUGCAAUGAAAAGCAGCAAUGGAAAAGCUCAUGGAGUGAAACAUUCAUCUGACAUCAUCUCAGCAGUCAGUCCCCGAGUGUUAGCAGACAUGGGACAAAUCUCCUCAAGUAAAUCCAAAAAGAAGGUAGAAAAAGCCAAGGACUUUGUUGGCCCCAAGAAACCUGCCAAUGCAUUUCUUUUGUUUUGUCAGCACAGGAGGACGGCCGUGUCAGAGGAAUACUUCAAGGAGAAACAUGAAGAAAUUUCAAACCAUGAGUUGACUCGUAGAAUUGCUUUGGAGUGGAACAUUCUAAAACCAGAUCAGAAAAAAAUUUACUUUGACUUGUAUGAACAAGAGAAGGAGCAAUAUGAGAGAGAGAUGAAAAUCUACCACGAGCAGGAGCUGUCUCGGGGGAUGGACAGAGAGCCUAACAAGGGACGCGAGAGCUCGGAGGAAGUGGAUGCUGCUGCCAUGGAAAUGGAAGCACAGAGUGCCGUCAACGCACUAAUGAUGGACAACUGACAAAAAAGUGUCACAGAAUCUCUACUUACACCGAGUAGCCAAUAACACUGCCUUAACAAUCAGCUUCCCUGCCAUUUUCCUUCUUUUAAUUUGUUUUCUUUUCAUAGGUUAGGAAUGAAGUAAAAUGUGUGAUUUUAUUUAUCUUUGGUUUAAUAUCGUUAGAGAAAAUUUUUUAUUAUAUAUUAUUUUGAUUUUCAUUUUGCGUCCAAGUAAACCAAUUCAAUUGGUUCUUCGGAAUUAAUUUGAUCAAUUUGUAAAAGAGAAAAUAUUAUUAUAAUAUGUGAAGUACUAUUUACAUGUGUAUGAUUGACUGAUUUUACUUAUUUUAUUUGAUGUGUGUUUGAAAAUGAUUGCAUUAAAUGCUACUGUGAAGAUCAUUAUAUCAGACCAAAAAACAUUAUAUUUUUGCACAUUAUUUAACAAAUACAAACAAUUUCAUUCAGAAAUGUUCAUGUUAAGCUGUUACUGUAAACUAUCCAUCGAAUUUGAACUUCUGAACGUAUAUUGAUGUC